AUGACUAUCCUCUUUGCUGUUUCUCAACACGAUUUCCUUGCCCUUUUGAUCUCACGCCUUCUAGGCUGGUCUUACUUCCUCUGUUGGUCAAUAUCCUUCUACCCUCAGCUCUUAGCUAACCACCAACGCCAGUCCGUCACCGGGCUUGCGGUUGACUUCUUUACUGUUAACGUCCUCGGAUAUAUUUGUUACACUUUAUCGUCAUUUCUUUUUCUUUUCUCACCAACUGUGAGAGAUGAAUACGCUCGUCGACACCCUGGUGCCGAAGAGCCGACCGUAAGGUGGAAUGAUUUGGCAUUUGCUGCACAUGCGCUACUCAUAAGUUCAAUAACUCUAUCGCAGUUUUACUUCUGGGGUUACAAGAGGCAUGCAUCACAGCAUAUGUCGCGGACUAUGAGUGCUAUUGCUAUGAGUUGCGUUGCCGCCAUAACUAUCGCUGUGCUGCUUGCCCUUGGCAACAGCAACUGGGAAUGGAUCGACGUUGUUUAUACACUGCAAUAUGUUAAGCUCUUAAUAUCCAUAGUAAAGUACAUCCCACAGGCGUAUCUUAAUUAUCGACGCAAGGCAACCACUGGAUGGUCAAUACAUAACAUCCUCCUCGAUAUCUCUGGUGGUGCAUUGUCGCUUGGGCAACUAGUGUUGGAUUCAAGUUUACAAAGCGACUGGUCCGGCCUAACUGGUAACCCUAUCAAGUUCUUCCUUGGUCAAAUUACAAUCAUCUUCGACAUCCUAUUCAUAAUUCAGCACUACAUCCUUUACCGUCAUGCCGGGGCCCCGCGAUCUGCUUUUAAUUCUAUCGAACGAGGUUACAGCACCAUUUCUACGAGUCAGGCUUUACCUUCGGCAUCAUCACCUUUAGACCAAAACCGCCAAGUCCCUCGCGAUGUCGCGGUACAGCAUAGAGAAGAGCAUAGAGGCCUGUUGGGCUCGAACGUCGGCGGAGCGAUCAACGAUGAACCUAAUGUCGGAAUUUAG